AUGCUCACCAGAUUGGAUGCAAUUGCUCUGAUACUGUCAAUAGCAGAAUUCAUAAUUGGAAUGUUGGCAAAUGCGUUCAUCGGACUGGUAAACUGCUGUGAAUGGGUGAGGAACCAAAACAUCUCUUUAGCUGACUUCAUCUUCACCUGCUUGGCUACCUCCAGAAUCAUGCAGCUGUUGGUGGUGUUGUCUUACUCGCUUAUAAUGGAACUAUCUCCACCACAACGUCACACUUAUAAACUAGCAAAAUCUAUUACUUUGCUUUGGAGAAUUACUAAUCACUUGAAUAACUCUUUUGCUACCUGCCUAAGCAUUUUCUAUCUCCUUAAGAUAGCUCACUUCUCCCACUCCCUUUUCCUCUGGCUUAAGUGGAGGAUGAACAAAGUGGUUCUUGCGGCUUUUGUAUUUUCGUUGCUCUUUCUGAUUUUUGACAUUGUAUUGCUAGAAUCUUUUAAUGAUCUCUUUUCGAAUGUAAGUAAUUUUACUUUAUACAUAGAGCAAAGUAAAACUCUCCUUGUUGAAACCUUGAUUCUUCUGAGCUUGACCUGUCUGUUUCCCCUGGCUCUGUCCCUGGCCUCCGUGCUGCUUUUAUUCCUGUCCCUGGUAAGACACAUUAGAAAUCUGCAGCUCAACUGCAUGAGCCCCCGGGACUCAAGCACAGAGGCCCAUAAAAGGGCCAUAAAAAUGGUGCUGUCUUUCCUCUUCCUCUUCGUUGUUCAUAUUUUUGUCACACAAGUGGCAAACUGGAUACUUGUUAUGUUUGGAAACCACACGUCUGCAAAAUUUACCCUGUUGGCAGUAUAUGUCUUUCCCUCAGGCCACUCAUUUCUCUUGAUUCUGGGAAACAGAAAGCUCAGACAGACAGCCUUGGAGGUACUGUGGCAUCUUGAAAGCUUCUUGAAAAGAAAACAUCUGUUACAGCUUUUCCGGUAG